UCUUCCUAGUGUAACUCAUUUGAAAGCAUGUAACAUUACCGACACAUCAUCUUGAAACAUGUUACGACAUUUAGAUUAUUGUCUUGUGUGGACAUGUUGCACUUUACUUCUCAGUGCAACAUACCUUCGGGCGGAUACCGCUCCAAUCGUGGACAUGUGUGCAGUUUGUCAUUGCUUGGAGGAUACGGAAGAGUUAACCACUAUCGUGGAAUGUUUAGGAAAUGUGUGGGACCAACACCAGCAACAUCCGUCAAAUUACUUCGACUUGCGUAACAUCCUGUGGCCGGUAGCCAAGGAUGUGGCGAGCGGCAAAGCACCGAGUAUACGAGCGUUUUUCAAGGAUCUACAAUUCCCGUACCUACCUAAGUUAGAAAUCAGUGCCAACAUAGUGGAACUAAGUUUCCAGAAUAAUUCUAUUCGAUCACUUCCGAGUGAACCAUUUGAAAAUUUCAAGAAUUUAGUAAGUCUUACCAUCACCAACAACAAUUUGAACAAUAUUGUCAAAGAUUUUUUCGCCACAGAAAAUAAACUCGUUCACCUGAACUUGUCGAAUAAUUCCCUGGUCACGGUAACCGCUCUGGAGCGUGCUCGGUUCGAGAGCCUUGAAGUCUUCGAUCUCUCUCAUAACAAGCUGAAGACGAUCUCGCCGCAGCUGAUUCGUUCCGUCCAGAAUGCCACCACGGUACGGUUGGAAAAUUGUGAAAUCUACCAUUGGAAUAGUGACACUGUUACCAGUUGGAAGGUGCUUAAUUUGAACUGGAAUAAGUUGAGCUCUGUUAGUGCCAAUACCUUUGCCAGUUCGAACCAACUAGAAGCUCUUUAUCUUGCACACAACGACAUCAGUUCCAUCGAAUCCGUUGCGUUUGAAAGCAUGUCGAAACUAGAACGAUUAGACAUCUCGUACAAUGCAAUUGUGAAUGUGGAAGCAAAUCUUGUUCUUCCGGUAGCGCUAGCGAUGAUAAACCUUUCCAACAACGGCCUAGAACGCUGGCCGUUCGGUGACAUACCGAACACUCUUCGAAUAUUGAAUCUACGAGAUAACGGGUUGUUAGACAUAAACCCGGGCUACGCGGUAAAGGUGUCAAUUCUGGAAGCAAGCAACAACCGGUUGGAAGGUUUCGUGGGUAACUUCUUUCCGGAGCUAACGGAACUAGACUUGUCCUAUAACUUGCUAAAGUAUAUCCCUCGUGACCUGAGCCCCACGCUGAAUACGUUGAUUUUGGAUGGUAACCCCAUGGAUCGUAUAUUCUUUGAUAGCAAGGCAUCGUUGAAGCUUUUAUCAUUAAAUUUUAUGCCAAAUUUGGAAGAGAUUGUAGAGUUUGCAUUUUGGAAACUUGUUGGUGCGGAUGACUCCAAAGAACGGGAUUGUGUUGAAGUACGUAUCUCGAACUGCCCCAAACUGCGCCGUAUCGAUUCUAAAGCAUUUGUUGUAGAGAAUAAUCUGUGCAAGCUCGAUUUGAGUUACAAUCAGCUUACAUCCAUUCCGGAUAAUCUAACUGAUUGGUAUAGUUUGUUCGAAGGUGUUAAUCUUCAAGGCAACCCACUGAACUGCAGUUGUUCCGAGCAGUGGUUGGUUGAUGAAAUUCUACCUCUUCUGUACGAGAACGAUGACCUUCAGUACUUGCUGGAUGAUUUGCGCUGUGCAAGUCCCGACGAUCGUCGCGAUAAAAGACUGGUUAGAUAUCUCAAUCAUAGAGGUGCGUUUUGUGGCGGUCCAAGGAUGGAACGACUUCAAAUGCCUCCGCAGCCCGUACCCAGUUUAGAUAAAUCGAAUAGCAUUGUUCAGGCUGGUUUCGCGAAUAUUAUUUGCUCUGUUGACGACGAGCAAUGCCUUCAUGUUCACGAAGGAAGUGGAUUGAUCAUAUUUUUAGUAAUGAUUGUCAUAACCAUACUUUUGUCGGUUGUGACACUUUUCAUUAAAGUUAGACGAUGGAACAAACGAAGAAGCACGGUGGAAACUGUAUGGUUAAUGCGUUAAGUAACACACACUUCUCAAUAAGUAAUCAUUAAAGUACACUUCAUAUAUCAUAACAA